AUGUCGCCCACAGCCGCCCACGCACCUGUAAGGCAAGCCGUCGAUGCGGUACAUGCUGCUCAUGCUCCUCCGGAGAAGCGCGGCUACCCGUACUCUAUUCCUUCGCGCAACCUCUUGGUAAUUGUCCUGGGCGAGUUCUGUGGAACGUUCAUGUUCCUGCUUCUCUCGUUCAUAGGAGCGCAGACCGCCAUCGUUACCAACGCUGGAAGCAACUUGCAAGCUCCCCUUGGGCCUGACAGUUUGCUGUACAUAGCAGCAUCUUUCGGCACUGCUAUCGCCAUUAACGUGUGGAUCUUCUACCGUGUCAGUGGUGGAAUGUUCAACCCUGCGGUAACUCUUGGUCUCGUACUUGUUGGCGCAGUCAAGCCACUCCGUGCUGUUUGCAUUGUGCCCGCUCAGCUUGCGGCCAGUAUCGCUGCCGCCGCCGUUGUGUACGGAGUUUUACCUGGACCACUCCGCGUCAACAACACGCUCGGAAAUGGAGCUACAAUCCCUCAAGGUUUCUUCAUCGAACUCCUUCUAACAGCACAGUUGGUUUUGACUGUUUACUUUCUUGCUGUUGAGAAGCACCGCGCGACAUAUCUCGCACCAAUUGGCGUCGGUAUCUCAGUUUUUGUCGCCCAUAUCACGGCCACGAACUGGACCGGAACGUCUAUCAACCCCGCACGCUCAUUCGGACCGGCUGUAAUCGCCGGUUUCGUCAACUACCACUGGAUCUACUGGCUGGGUCCUCUUGCAGGUGCACUUCUGUCAUAUGUCGUUUAUGCCAUGUUCAAAUGGCUCGAGUAUCAGACCGCGAACCCCGGACAGGAUGACGAUAUGGAGAAAGCUAUCCCGCACCCAACUCUUCCCGUUGAUUCGGCCUACAGUGGCGGAGCGGAGUCAGGAAAGGCGUAG